AUGGGGUCCAAACUUCGGAUUUUCCUCUCAUUUUUGGUUUUGACCUCGAGUAUAAGGUCGGUAUCUGCUAGUGGCUACGGCGAGGGCUUUGCGGCAUCUCAUGGAACACUGGGAGGCGGUGGCGGCGGUGGAGGAGGAGGCGGAGGAAUCGGCUUCGGCGGAGGCCCUCGAGGAAAUGGUGGGCAAAUUCCCAACGCGCUAACGGCCGAGCCAAGUGUUACUUGUGGCGCUGAGAGCGUCUCUAUUGAUUUCACGACUGGUCGCGAGUUUUCUGGCCGUAUUUUUGUCAAGGGAUAUUCGCAAGAUACGAGUUGUUCGUUGAAUGGAAGUGGCGCCAAAGUUCAUGGAUUUUCGAUCAAUUUUGAGCAGUGUGGAUUGAGAAGGAAUCGAGAGGUAAGGAUCAAGUUUUCAAAUUUCCUUUAUCAUUAAUUUGAUGACUGAUUUUUAUUCGAAGUUUGAGUUUUUUUGGAUAUUGCACUAGGCAUCCCUAUGGAUCGAGAUUCACACGGAAUCUUUAGAUUAGGUAAACCGGAUAUAUUCUUAUUCUUUUAGAUGAACGGAGUGAGUAUUGCGGCUACAGUGGUCGUUUCUUUCCAUCCCAUUUUUAUUACUAAAGCCGACCGGGCCUAUAAAGUCAAUUGUUUCUACAUGGAAGCCCGGAAAACUGUGAAUCAAAAUUUGGAAGUCAGGUAAAAUUAAUUGAAAAGUAUCGAAGAGUAUCCUGAAACGUCUAAAUCGAAUAUAAACUUACAAAACACCUUUAAUUUUAGUGCAAUCACCACAAAAUCGAUCGACCGUCAGGCUUCCCUGCCGGUCUGCAAAUACGAAAUCUUGACGGACGGCCCGAAUGGCGGUCCAGUUCAUUAUGCCAAAAUUGGAGAUCAGGUCUACCAUAAAUGGUCAUGUCACACUGAUGUGGCUGAUGUUUACUGUAUGAAAGUCCAUUCCUGCACAGUGAAUGAUGGCCAAGGAGGAGAUCCGGUGACUGUUUUGGACGAGAAUGGGUGAGAUUUUUGUUUGGAGGGGAUUUUUUCGAAAUGCAAUUGCUUUUUGAACUUUUUAGAGCAUUUUGAACUUUUUGCACUGUGCAGAGGGAAAAAUUUAAAUUUGCACAGUGCGAAAAAACAAGUUGAAGUCUGCACUGUGCAAGUGAAUUUUUGGGUGCACUGUGCAACCACUUUCGCCCGCCGGAAAAGUCCAGCGACAUCGCACAGUGCACUAAAUUUUUUUGCACUGUGCGUCAGAUUUUUUCAGGCGAAGUCUGCACUGUGCGACAGAUUUUGCUCGAGCGGCGACAAAUGCGAAAAGAUGCACCGUGCAGAUGAAAUGAAAGAAGAAUGCACAGUGCGGAAAUUUUCUGAACCUUUUGAGCGCGGGGAGAAAAGGCGCCGUUGUGGAAUUUAUUUUUGUCGCUCUACGUUUACUGUAGAUGAAAUUUUUAGCUGUGAAAUUGACGGAUACGUCCUGCAGAACUUGGAUUAUCAAUCUGACUUGGCCGCAGGGCAAUCAGCAUACGUUUUUAAGUUUGCUGACAAACCCACGUUGCACUUCAAUUGUCAAAUCGAAUUGGCGCUGAAAGACAAGAAUGUUGGCUGUGCUUAUACUGUAAGUCAUUUUUUAUAAUUACAAGGCAAAUUCGAGAUUUUUCGGCUGAAAAUUUUUUUUCUGAAAAAAUCGAAAUGUUUUAAGAAACCUCAAUGUCAAUCGGCCGGAGAGUAUGGCGGAUACUCCAAAGGUGGAGGAGGAGGCUAUGGCGCCUCCGGCAAUUCUCUCGAAUCUUCAUCAGAACAAUUUCCCCGCCCACCAACGCCCAAUUCCCCGAACUUUGGCAGCUAUCAAGCAACGACUGUCCCCGUCCCACCAAAAGCAGGCAUGUUCCUUCAAACGGAGGUCACACCUAGCAGUUACUGUAUGAAUUUUGUAAUCAAAGUAAUGCUAGAUGGGCCAAACAAAAUUUCGGGGGUUUUUGACGCUCGGUGCGAAGAAAAGGCGGAUCUGGGGUUUGCACUGUGCGAAGAACAAAAUUUUUCGAUUGCACUGUGCAAGGAAAAUUUGACUUGUGCAUCAGAAAACUUUGUAAAAUUUGUCGAUUGCACUGUGCAAAGAAAAUUUAAGUCGCACUGUGCGUCACUAGCGAUGCGGUAGCGACAAUUUUGCGCUUUGUCAAUUUAGCGAUGCGAGAAAAAAAAUUUCGCACUGUGCAAAAAAAUAUUUCAAACUGCACAGUGCAAAAUAAAAACUCGAGCUGCACCGUGCGAAAUAAGUAACAAAAUCGACUGCACGGUGCGAAAAAUAAAUUUAUGAAGUGCACUGUGCAAAAUAAUCCGGAGAAAAAUUUAUCGCACCAUGCAAAAAAAGUAAAUGGAUUUUUUUGCACCGUGCGAAAAAUUUUUUUGAUUGCACUGUGUCAAAUCAAAAAAAAAAAAUUGCCUUUUUUGGCCCAUCUAGCAAACCCCUUCCUUACUGACUGAAAAAUUUCACUUUCAGCCGGCGAAUACACGAGCGAAGAGUACUCUUACAGUGGAGUGCAAGGCGGACCACCCGGCGUUUCUCCGCCCGCCGGCUACAAACCAAUGGGCGCGUCGCAAGGAUUUACUCCCGGAUUGGGCAAUAGAAGAGGAGGGGGAGCCAAAAUUGGAUACAAGAAGGUCGUGAAAAGAGGUGAGAUAUGAGAAGAAUGUAGCGUAUUUUACUAUAUUAUUGUUUUUUUUUCAGACGAAACCAACAAAGUUGCGGACUUUGAUUUGCCGGAACAACAAUUGGUUGUCAUCGAAAUUGAUGAGGAAGAUAAAAGUGAGCAAAUUAAAAACUAAUUAUUUUUAGAAAUAUUCUGAUCAAAUACCAUCAUUUCUGAUUUUAGGAACUGACUCUCUUCUCCACGCCUCCACCACCACUCGAAUCCAAUCCAAACUUUGUCUCUCUUCGACGAUUUUCGCCGGCCUUUUCGCUGGCUGCGCCCUGCUUUGUGGCAUCGUGGCGGUCUUCUUUUAUUCCGCCCUACAGAGACAUCGGAACGCCAUGGAGAAGACGGCCUGGGGCAUGUAG